AAAAAUCUUAAAACGGCGUUCGAGUGAUUUGUGUGUUUCUCAAAUAAAUACAAAAAACUCUGUGAAUUCGGACUUUUUAAGCCUUUAGAAUUAUAAAACUGAUUCAAGAAUGGAUCAAUUUCCUACAGAAGAAGAGGAGUAUGAGCUCCUCUAUCAAGAGGAGAUGGAAAUGCUCAACGAAAUUCCAGAUGAACUAAUAAACGAAGAAGUUGAGCCAGAGGAGGCACAGCCUUGUUGCUCUAAAAGUAUUACUCAAGUCUCAUCCAACACCGAUGGUGAUAUCUUUCCCGAUUCUCCACAACUCUCACAAAUAUCAGGGACGGCAGUUAACCGCCGUCUAUUUGGUACUCCAACGGGGACGAAGAGAGCAUUUUCAACACCCAUUGCCAAACGAAUGCCUGCCAUCGAAGAAGUAGUCCUGCCUCUCGACAUCCAACAGGAACUCCAGAGCAUUGGGUUGAGCAAAAAACGAAGACUAGAAAGAGAUUUGUUUGGCGACAUUGACGAUUUGGAUGGCAACAUUACCUACGUAGACCAAGAAGCUAAGAAGAAAAAACUCGAAGAAGAGCGCGACAAGGAAAUGAUACAAAGGGUUCUCGAAGCUAGAAAGAUGCAUCGUGAAAUGUCCAACGCUCUGAAGAAACCAAAACUAAGCCAACUUGAUGCCAUACAUGCUUUUAAAAUGAGGAAUCUCUCUUACCAUGUUCCACAGUGGCCAUUUAUACCGCUGCAGCGCAGUGACAAUGAACGUGUCUACUGUCGGUAUCACUCGAUGGACUAUGAAACAAAACACAUAAACGACAUCAAUGUGUUUGGGAAAGGAUACCGGGGUCUCCUUGGCGAGUCCAAGGAAGACAUCUGGAAUGAUGCAAGGGAAUUGGUUUUGAAGAGACUGACAACAAAUGGCACACAAACGAGAAAUCCUUUAAGAGGCAUCGAUGUUCCUGAACAAGGUCUGGUGGGCUCUGGCAAUCUGUGGGUAGAUAAGUACAAACCAAGAAAGUAUCUUGACCUUCUUUCCGACGAAGGAACCAACCGAAAUCUGUUGUUUUGGCUAAAGAUGUGGGACAAGGUGGUUUUUGGAAAAGAGUUCAAGCCGAGAGAAGAAAAUGAAAAUUCGAAAGGUUUUAGCAACUUCAACAAGACGACGGGGAAAUUUGAACAAAACGGAAGCUGGAAAAAAUCUAGGAAAACAAAUCUGAACACGAAUACAGAUCCUCUGGGUCGACCAAUGCAAAAAGUAGCUCUCCUCUGUGGACCACCAGGUCUGGGAAAAACAACCUUAGCCCACACCAUAGCCACCCACGCUGGCUAUCAAGUUCGAGAAGUGAAUGCCUCUGAUGAUAGGAGUCCUGAUGCUUUUAAAAUGGCCCUAGAAAACGGCACUCAAAUGACCUCAGUUUUGAACACUGACAAAAGACCUAACUGCAUUAUUCUUGAUGAAAUCGAUGGAGCACCAAGGCAGUCAAUAGAAUUCCUCAUUCGCUUUAUAACGGAUAGUGUUGUCGCAAAAGCCACCAAAAAAGGUGCCAAGGCACAGAAAAACAUCCUGAAACGGCCAAUUAUUUGUAUUUGUAACGACUUGUAUGAACCCGCGCUGCGGCAACUACGACAGGUGGCAUUCGUUGUAACCUUCCCUCCUAUUAACUCAUCCCGCCUCGCUGAAAGACUGAUGGAGAUAGCUCGAAAAGAACGCAUAAAAACUGACUUUGGAACCCUUAUAACCUUAGCCGAGAAGUCGGGAAACGAUGUUCGGUCCUGCAUAUCAACCAUGCAAUUUUUCAAUGCCAUGAAAAAGGGAAUUUCUUUGUCAGAUGUGUUGAAUAGCAAUUUCGGUCUCAAAGAUCGACAUAGAGGACUGUUUGAUGUGUGGACAAAUAUAUUCAAGAUUCAACGACCCCAAAAACAGCUUGAUGCUAAAGGUGCUGUCGAUGGAGGUCCUCUAGUGUCCAUGACAGAUAUGAGUGAAUCCACUCGGGUGAAAAACGUUCUCCAAGUAGUCCAUUCAGGAGGUGAUUAUAAUAUAUUGAUGCAAGGAGUUUAUGAGAACUAUCUUCAACAGAAAAUGCCAGAUCCUUAUAUGAAUGGAGUUACAGAAGCUACCAAAUGGUUUUGUUUCUCCGACACGGUACAGCAUCAUAUACAACACUUGCAGAAUUAUACAGUCUAUCCGUAUCUUCAGUAUGGCUUCGUCAUUUGGCAUUUAUUGUUUGCCACUUUGGCUUAUCCUAAUGUCAGCUUUCCAUUGCGUGGAAAUGAAUUUAACCAAAAGAGUACGUUACAAAAGCAAAUCUUUCAAAGUCUCAGAAAGGGCAUCAACUGUGGUUCGGUUGGAAUUGGUCAGGGUAAAGUAAUUUUGAUGGAAACUGUUCCGAUGUUGAAGAAAAUUCUAUCACCAAAAUUGCGAACAGUUGCUGUGCAACUUUUGUCAGAAAAGGAGAAAGAAGAAUUUACUCAUACGAUAAACGUUAUGGUUGAUUUGGGGAUAACUUAUAAUCAAGUGAAAAUAACAGAACAAAGUUUCAAUUUUCACGUCGAACCAGAUAUUGAUACACUUGCACGAUUUCCUGGUUGUGAGGGAAUAACACUUAAUUAUCUUGGUAAACAAUUGAUAGCACGUGAAGUCGAAAAUGAGAAAAUAAGAAGAUCAAUACCCAAAGCAACUGGACCGAACAAAAAUAGAAAUGAUAGCAAAGAUGAACAAAAUAAAUCGGCGGAGGUAGUCUCAAAGGACAGACAAGCAGCUUUUAUAAAUAGAAUAAAUCCAAAAUGGGUCGUCGAGAAUAAAACGGCCAAGAAAGUCAAAAAGGUCGCUAAGGAUUUCUUCGGUAGGGUAAUAGUUAAAACAGCGGAGGUCUUAGCGAAAGAGGCUGAACGUGAUCCUGUUGUUAAGAGUCCUAUUUGGUAUAAGUACAAGUUGGGCUUCACGAAUGCGGUCAGGAAAGAUCUCACUUUAAACGAUUUGCUUUGAGUGGUUUUUGAGUUUUAUGUUAAAUGUAUUUAUUUUAAUUAAUUGUGAUACAAUAAAGUUAUGCUUGCAAGUUGAAUCAAAACAA